AUGGCGGACGACGCCUCGGCAGCGGAACCUACCUCCAUCACCUUCAGCGUCAAGGCAUCCAACGACGCCAAAUACACCUUCACAUUACCCGAUUCGACAAUCGUUCUGGACUUGAAAGAAAAACUGUCGAGUUCUGAGCACGCUGACACACCUGCAGAGCGCCAGCGAUUGAUAUACUCCGGGCGAGUCCUCAAAGAUAACGAGACUCUUGCCUCCUACAAGAUCAAAGAUGGGCACACCAUUCACCUAGUCAAGAGCGCGGCUAGUAAUCAACGACAAAACCCCCCUCCUCAGCCUGCCAGCACCGCUGCUGGUACGACACCUUCAUCCGUACCUGGAGUACCUACAAAUAUUGCCGCUGGCACUGGAAAUAAUCCUUUGGCUGGCUUGACUGGAGCACGAUAUGCUGGUUUUGCGCAACUCCCUGGAGCUGGAAUGUUCGGACCGGACGGUGGCAUGGGACCUCCACCCGAUACAGACCAGAUGCUUAGUAUGCUUGAGAAUCCUCAAGUCCAAGCGACGAUGAACGAGGCGCUCCAGAACCCCGCUCUAAUCGAUUUAAUGAUUCAACAAAACCCGAUGUUGCGAGAGAUGGGCCCUGGUGUUCGACAAAUGAUGCAAAGUCCUGAAUUCCGACGAAUGCUCACUGACCCUGCGGCAAUCCGCCAAAUGGCACAGAUGCAACGCGCUUUCGGCGGUGGCGGUAUGGGCUUCGGAGGAGCUGGCAACACAGCAUUUCCCGCUCCUGGCGUCACAAACACUACUCCAGAGGAAAAUCGUGGCCAACAGCAGGACACGACCCAAACAACUCCGCCUAUCAACCCGUUCGCGGCUGGUGCCAAUCCUCUCGCCGGUCUUUUUGGCAUGCCUCCUCAACCACCAUCAACGGCCGUACAGCAGAAUACUACCGCUACCGAGCCGACUACGACUAGUGGGCAAGCUACGACAGAUUCCGCCGCACAGAAUCAACAAGCACAGAAUCCGUUUGCCGCUCUUUUCAAUCCGGCGUUAUUCGGAGCACCUUCAGGCCAGGCAGGUGCAGGUGGUGCGGCACAGCCGAACUUGAACAAUAUGUUCAACCCUCAGAAUAACCCUUUCAUGCGAGACCCCGCUUUGCUACAAAAUGUCAUGCAAGCUAUGAACGGAGGCGGUGCUGGCGCAGGUGCAGGUGCAGAGAACCCUUGGGCGUCUCUAUUUGGUGCUCCUCCUGCUGCUCCUUCUCCAGUAGACAACCGGCCCCCUGAAGAGCGAUAUGCAGAACAAUUACGCCAGUUGAAUGACAUGGGCUUCUACGACUUUGACCAGAAUAUUGCAGCUCUACGAAGAAGCGGUGGCAGCGUGCAAGGCGCUGUCAAUUUUCUCUUGGGCGGUUAA